UGGUGCGACAGGAGGAGCUACCGCCGCGGCCGCACCGCCCCGCACCGAGAGGCUCGAGGCGGCUCCUGGCGUCGCCCAGAGGCAGCGACUGAGCAAGAGAGUCCGGCGCGCGCGGGCGGGCGGGCGGCGGCGGCGGCGGCGGGCGGCGAGGGGGAGCCCGCUACAAGUGCCCUCGCUCCCCGCCGCUCUCCAAGAACCGGGCGAAAUAAGUCGCGCCUCCAGCAGGGGCUGCGCCUCCAUGAAUCCCUAGGUUUUUUUCUUUCUCUCCCCGCUCCUCACCCCCCACCCCGGAUCCCGUCCCGCCCUCUCCCUUCGGCAGCCAGCGGCCGCGUCCAGGUGCGGAGUCCAGAGCGGAGCGCAAUGGCGUCCAACCCCGAACAGGGAGAUAUUGUGCUCACGGAGCUGCAGAAAAAGAGCUACAGAAGUUGUUUACAAACGGCAGAGCGGUCGACUGAAGAAAAAUGUUGGGCACCACAUGCUUGCAGAAGAUGAGAACAAGAUAGAUCCCUUAAUUAGUUAAGUCCACGUUGAGUAGCGAUAUUAUUCUUUACAUUUUCCAGCUAAAUAUUUGAUGAUGUAGGCACGAUUUUGGUUUUUAGGUCUCUUUGAUGUGCAGGAGUACGUGCGCUACCUUGUUGGGUUUAUUUUUCUUUACUUUGGAGUGUCCCAGAGAUGUUUACAUCUGGAUUAAAGCUUCAUGCUUGUUCUUUGACUUAAACUUAUUUUGGUUUAUUUAAAUACAGCCGUCUUUUAGCUACUCGAAGAUUGAGAUGGGAAUUAAGAAAAGAAAAAAACUUACAUUUGUUUUUGUGUGUUGGGCAGUUCAUUUUUAUGAGAAGGCUGAAUCUAGACACUGGUUCUUGAUUUCAAAAUUCAGUUGCUUCUAAAUUUUUUGCUGUUUAAAUGUAUUUUUCGAUAAAUUCCUAUGUUAGCCUGGUUUAUUGUGCAUUUAGAUGUAAGCUUGAAGGCAUUGUUGUAAUACUUGAUAUUUCCUACAUAAAAAUAGAGAUAUCAACAAGGUAUAUCAGUGCACUUUUGCAAAUUUGGAAUCCUUUGGAAAUGCAAAGCUGAAUUUCAUAUUAUUGAACGUGUUGCUAUAUAGUGUUUUAAUUAUCUUAGCCUUUUCUAAGGAGGUUUUACAGCAUACUGAUUUGCUAAAUGAAUGGAAUUUAUUGUUUUAUUACUUUACAUGGGCUUUUAAAAUGAAGUUUGAGGCACAUUGGAAAUGCUUUCCAUUGCCUAGUCUUGAAAUAUGAAAAGCAUACAUUACUUCUGACUGAAAAAAAAGCCAUGAAAAUGACAGGGGAAUUUUUCUUUGAGUGGAGUGGCUUCAGAAUCAUAAAGUAUUUGGUAUCCUUAUUUGUAUUUUAUAGAAAGUUGACAUAAAAGACUUAUUUUGGCACUGAAUGUGGAAAUAUAUUAUCAUGUAUAUUAAAAUAUAACAUUGAAGGACUUUUAAUAAGACCAUUUUUUACAAUAACAAGGAAGCAAGUGAAAUAAAUAGGAAUAUUUAAAUAUGGAUAUUUUAAAAAUGGGACCAAACUAGGGGAACAGCCAAUCUAAAGUUAGGCUUUUAAAUAAACUAAAAUGUAACUCCCUCCAGAAGAAGAAUAGUUUUUAUUAAAUCUUAUAGGUUGUCUUGUAUAUCCAGAGCAUUUUUCUUGGGUGUAUUUGACUUCCAAUUCUAAUAAAAGUUAUUACGUUUGAACUUUAUCAUGUUUAUUAAAAUAAUUGAGACUAUUAUUCCUAUCAGCACUCAAGAUAAACCAUGAUAAACUUUGCUUCACCAAGUAUAUGCAUGUAUUCAAACAUUUUAUUAUUUCAUUGGGUCAUGAAACUAAAAAAUAUUUAUCAAACUUGUUUGGAGAACCUGUUUUUAAAAAUCUUCUAAGUUGUUUGAGUUUAUUUAAAUUGAAAAGUUGUUUAAUGUGAGGUUCUUAAUGCUUUUCUGCUGUACAGAUUUGAAGUAAUUAAAUAGUAAUCUGUGUGGCAAGUUUUUAAAUUGUUUAGUUGAAAGUUUUUACUUUGCCAUAUCUUGUCUCACUCUGAAAGUUGCAUGUUAAAACCUCUUUUAAUGAAAUUGAUAUUUAUUUAGAAACCAUUGUGUAUCCAACGCUUAAAAAUUAUUUUUCAAAUUAUAUUGCAGAAUUUGAAAUACUUUACUACUUCAGGUGGAAUUGGCUUGUUAAUAACUGUUGGUUGUGGAAAGACAAAGAAAACCUGAAACACAGUCUUGCUAAUUACUGUAAUGUUUCUAUAUAGUGUAAUGUUUCUAACUCUUGUUAGUAAUUUAGAAGGCUUAUUCAAUAAGGAAUCAUUAAUAACAUAUACACAGACUUUGAUAGCUAGAAGCUUCAAUGUGUAAGGAAGAAUAUUUGCUGUGGUAAAAAUAAAAUAGGCUGUUAAAAAGUAUAAACUUAGUUGGCAAUUUCUAAUUUUUAUCUCUUGUAAUUAACUUAUGUCCCGUUCUCUUGGUUUUUAUUUGAAGUGUAGUGGGAAAAUUAGUGUGAUACUUUUGUGAGGCCAAAGAAAUGAAAGUUUAUUUUCAAGGAAACUGAGUUAAUGAAAACUAUAUAAAGAAUCUCAAAAUGAAAAUGUUGGCUACAACAGUAAUUUUGUAGAGUGCAGACCCAAUUAUUGAGUAGCAUACCAGUAAAGUUACCUUGUUGAUUAUUGGGGAUUCAUCUUCAUCAAAAUGACUGAUAACAUGUUGGGAAUCUUGAAUUGCAUUCUCAGCAGAAUUUAUUUGGGUAGAGGUGACUUGCUCAAGUAGAAAGUUGAGGUAGUUAGUCUUAAAUUACAGAGAUUCAUUUCAAGAAGCAUUUAUUGAAUAGCUACCAAAGGUAUAUUGGAGGGCAUAAAGAUGACAGGAUAUGGCUUUCACUUUCUAGAGGAGAGUACAAAUAACAUUUACUGAUUAUCUGCUCUAUGUCAGGCAUUGUACUUGGAACCCUGUAUACUUAUAUAAUCUUUAAAACAAUCCAAUAAAGUAAGUGUUGUUAUUUCCAUUUUACAGAUCAGGAAACUAAGUUCAGGAAUAGUUAAGUCAGUCAUUCACAUUCACACUGUAAGUCUGAAUUUGAAUUUGGAUUUAUAUCUUUCCCACUACAGUUCGUAAUAUGUGGACCCAUAAAUGUUUUGCAUUCCAAUAUUGUAAAUGUGUGAACUUUCUAAAAAUUGGCCCAAAAUGUAGUUAACCAGAGUUAACUUUAAUAUAAACUUUAUACUAGUUGUUAGGUUCCUCUAUAACAAGGAAGAGUGAUUUCCACAUUUUAUUUGGUAGUCUGUAAUUUAACAGUGCUUUAUUAUUGCAAAUAAGGUGUAACAUUCUACAAAGAAUAACAAUACAAAUAACCUUUUUCAGGGUUUUCUUCAUUUAACAAUUACUGUUUCUGAUAACAGUUGUCAAAUGUUUGCCCAAAACUUUCCAGAAGAUUUCACAUUUCUCUGUAGACUGUCCAUAAAAUAAACUUUGCUUUAAAAUUUUAAGCUAUGUAACCAAGCUGUGUGUUUGGUACUGAGUAGGUACUCAGUAGAUUGAUGAGAAUGCUCCAUUUGUUACCUAGGAUGAGACAUGUCUUGACCAUUAGAAGUUGAUUAUGAUCAUUGACUUAAGAAAUUACUUAAGUUUUCUUUAAUUUACAUUUCUAAUCCCUUGUCCCAAAAAUAUUCCCUUAAAAAGUUCAAAAGGGAUUUCUGCACUGUUAUGUUAUAUCUACAUACAGCACCCUCUUAUUUUACACAUUUGAUGGGAAACUAGGAGUGGCAUCUAAUUUUGCAGUGAACUGGAAAGUAGAAGGUGCCUGUGUUGGGAGGAUAAUGACUUCAGCAUGAGUUGGAAGAAUGUAACAUGAGAAAGUAGGCAGAUGGGGAGAUUCCCGAAGUUUUCCAUUUUCUGAGAACGUGAGUGCUGUUCAAAAAUUAGACUUUUCAGAUACAAUGGUGCAACAGAAAUUGGAUGAUAUCAAGGAUCGAAUUAAGAGAGAAAUAAGAAAAGAACUGAAAAUCAAAGAAGGAGCUGAAAAUCUGAGGAAAGUCACAACAGAUAAAAAAAGUUUGGCUUACGUGGACAACAUUUUGAAAAAAUCAAAUAAAAAAUUAGAAGAGUUGCAUCACAAGCUACAGGAACUAAAUGCACAUAUUGUUGUAUCAGAUCCAGAAGAUGGUACAGAUUGCCCAAGGACUCCAGAUACUCCCAGUAGUGACCCUCGUUGUUCCACCAGCAAUAAUAGAUUGAUGGCCUUACAAAAACAAUUGGAUAUAGAACUUAAAGUAAAACAAGGUGCAGAGAACAUGAUACAGAUGUAUUCAAAUGGAUCUUCAAAGGAUCGGAAACUCCAUGGCACAGCUCAGCAACUGCUCCAAGACAGCAAGACAAAAAUAGAAGUGAUACGAAUGCAGAUUCUUCAGGCAGUCCAGACCAAUGAAUUGGCUUUUGAUAAUGCCAAACCUGUCAUAAGUCCUCUUGAACUUCGGAUGGAAGAAUUAAGGCAUCAUUUUAGGAUAGAGUUUGCAGUAGCAGAAGGUGCAAAGAAUGUAAUGAAAUUACUUGGCUCAGGAAAAGUAACAGACAGAAAAGCACUUUCAGAAGCUCAAGCGAGAUUUAAUGAAUCAAGUCAGAAGUUGGACCUUUUGAAGUAUUCAUUAGAGCAAAGAUUAAAUGAACUUCCCAAGAAUCAUCCCAAAAGCAGUAUUAUUAUUGAGGAGCUUUCACUUGUUGCAUCACCAACACUAAGUCCACGUCAGAGUAUGAUAUCGACACAAAACCAAUAUAGUACUCUAUCCAAACCAGCAGCACUAACAGGUACUUUGGAAGUUCGUCUUAUGGGCUGUCAAGAUAUCCUAGAGAAUGUCCCUGGACGGUCAAAAGCAGCAUCAGUUGCACUACCUGGUUGGAGUCCAAGUGAAACCAGAUCAUCUUUCAUGAGCAGAACGAGUAAAAGUAAAAGUGGAAGUAGUCGAAAUCUCCUGAAAACUGAUGACUUAUCCAAUGAUGUCUGUGCAGUUUUGAAGCUCGAUAAUACUGUGGUUGGUCAAACUAGCUGGAAACCCAUUUCCAAUCAGUCGUGGGACCAGAAGUUUACACUGGAACUAGACAGGUCACGUGAACUGGAAAUUUCAGUUUAUUGGCGUGAUUGGCGAUCUCUGUGUGCUGUAAAAUUUCUGAGGUUAGAAGAUUUUUUAGACAACCAACGGCAUGGCAUGUGUCUCUAUUUGGAACCACAGGGUACUUUAUUUGCAGAGGUUACCUUUUUUAAUCCAGUUAUUGAAAGAAGACCAAAACUCCAAAGACAAAAGAAAAUUUUUUCAAAACAACAAGGCAAAACAUUUCUCAGAGCUCCUCAAAUGAAUAUUAAUAUUGCCACUUGGGGAAGACUAGUGAGAAGAGCUAUUCCUACAGUAAAUCAUUCUGGCACCUUCAGCCCACAGGCCCCUGUGCCUGCUACAGUGCCAGUGGUUGAUGUACGCAUCCCUGAACUAGCACCUCAAGCUAGUGAUUCUACAGUAACCAAAUUGGACUUUGAUCUUGAACCUGAGCCUCCUCCGGCCCCACCACGUGAUUCUUCCCUUGGAGAAGUAGAUGAAUCUCCUGAAUUAAGAGAUUUGGAUACACCAGGACAGGAUUCAGAAACUGUUUUUGAUACUGAGAAUGACAGAAAUAGAGUACUUCCAAAAUCUCAAUCUGAAUAUGAGCCUGAUAUUCCUCAGUCAGGCCUAGAAUAUAGUGGUAUUCAUGAACUUGAGGACAGAAGAUCUCAACAAAUGUUUCAGUUUAAUCUACAAGACUUCAGGUGUUGUGCUGUCUUGGGUAGAGGACAUUUUGGAAAGGUGCUUUUGGCUGAAUAUAAACAUACAAAUGAAAUGUUUGCUAUAAAAGCCUUAAAGAAAGGAGACAUUGUGGCUCGAGAUGAAGUAGACAGCCUGAUGUGUGAAAAAAGAAUUUUUGAAACUGUGAAUAGUGUAAGGCAUCCCUUUUUGGUGAACCUUUUUGCAUGUUUCCAGACCAAAGAGCACGUUUGCUUUGUAAUGGAAUAUGCUGCCGGUGGGGACCUAAUGAUGCACAUUCAUACUGAUGUCUUUUCUGAACCAAGAGCUGUAUUUUAUGCUGCAUGUGUAGUUCUUGGGUUGCAGUAUUUACAUGAACACAAAAUUGUUUAUAGAGAUUUGAAAUUGGAUAACUUAUUGCUAGAUACAGAGGGCUUUGUGAAAAUUGCUGAUUUUGGUCUUUGCAAAGAAGGAAUGGGAUAUGGAGAUAGAACAAGCACAUUUUGUGGCACUCCUGAAUUUCUUGCCCCAGAAGUAUUAACAGAAACAUCCUAUACAAGGGCUGUAGAUUGGUGGGGCCUUGGCGUACUUAUAUAUGAAAUGCUCGUUGGUGAGUCUCCCUUUCCUGGUGAUGAUGAAGAAGAGGUUUUUGACAGUAUUGUUAAUGAUGAAGUAAGGUAUCCAAGGUUCUUAUCUACAGAAGCCAUUUCAAUAAUGAGGAGGUUAUUAAGAAGAAAUCCUGAGCGGCGCCUUGGAGCAGGUGAAAAAGAUGCAGAGGAUGUAAAAAAGCACCCAUUUUUCCGACUAAUUGAUUGGAGUGCUCUGAUGGACAAGAAAGUAAAGCCACCAUUUGUACCUACAGUUAGAGGACGGGAGGACGUUAGUAAUUUUGAUGAUGAAUUUACCUCAGAAGCGCCUAUUCUGACUCCACCUCGAGAACCAAGGAUACUUUCAGAAGAGGAGCAAGAAAUGUUCAGAGAUUUUGACUACAUUGCUGAUUGGUGUUAAGUUCCUACACACUGUGAAACCAAGCAGACUGGCUCACAAGAAGACCUCUUAAAAAUAGCAACCCUUCAUUUGCUCUCUGUGCCAACAAACGCUUCUGAGUUUUUUUUAAAACAUAUGAAGAUGUGUUUAAAAGUACUGUUCUAAUACCUUCUUAAAAAGUGGCUUUUCAAUGUAUUUUCAACGUAAAUCUGAACACUGGAAACAGUUUCAUGGAAUUUAAGCUGAAUGAACAUCGGCCAUGAAAACCUAUCACAAAUGAAUACUUUUGGAUAGAUAGUCUUAUUUUUCAAAAAAAAGAAAAAAACAAAAAACACUCUUCUACAGUCUCUAGCUUUGCUGUAUGCCUGCCUUAAGUGGAAGGAAAAUUAAUCAGUUAACUUUCCUUAGCUGUAUUUUACAAAGAGAGGAAAAAAAGGCUUGGGAUGCUAUUACUAUUCAAACAUAGUAUGAUUCUCUUUGAAUAAGGCAAAUGCUCUUAUUUUUUUAAAGAAAUUACUGUAGUAUCAAAAACAAUGUAGAAGUAGUUUGUGCACAUUUUUGGGCUUUUUUUUAACCAAAUGAAUUGAUAUGUUAUAAAUUUUCUAUAUUUAUUAGGAGAAAAUUUUUAUUGCCUUAUCUUUACCAACCAUGUAACAGAACCUCAUAGCUUUCCAACAGGGCUACUUGCCAAACAGUUUUUUCUUAAACCAACCAUGCUGAAACAAACAGGAACAACUAAACAUCUGCAUUUACUUAAGACUUUAAGAAUGAGGACUUAAAAUCAGCCUGAACCAAGAUACUGUUACCUGUAUGCAUUCCCAAAGCCUAGAUACUCAGUGUGUUCAGUCAUACCUUCUUCCAAAAUCAGUGACCUGAUAACUCUUUUUUCUUUGAUAUUCAUUGUACAUUUAUCAACCUAGUUCAUCUUGUUCUUGUGUCUACUGUAGAAGGGAACUAUAUCUUUGUUAAAACAUAGGGAUUAUCAUUGUAUACAUGCUGUGAACAUGUAUAUGUGCAAGUUGUAAUGUAUUCUAUGUUGUAGGUUUAUUAUUUAAUUUCACCACUUCAUCACUUUUGUACAGUGGCCAAGCAGACACCUCAGACUCCAGCAUUUACGUUAAGUGCAUUUGUACAUUUUAGGCCACUGGAUCCAGAUUUUAUAUUGGCAGUUACUGAGGGCAAAAGCAAUAUAUUAUAACAGAAUGUAUAAAUAUUUUUGAUAAAACAGUUUAUAUUUUAUAAAAGUUAUUAUAACACUAAAGCUGUACCUCAAAAGUCUCAAAAAUAAUUUGAUCAAAUACUUUUUACAAGUCUUCAGAGGAUCCAUUUGUGGCUUUCUAAUACUAUUAUAGAUAGGAGAGUCUUUUGCAAGCCAUGACUUUUCUACUUGCCUGGAGUUUUGGGUUUUUUGUUUUGUUUUAAUUAUUUUCCCUCCUAAUCUAUGACUUUAUUGUUUUUCCCUAGUUUAAUAAUAACGUCUUUGAUUCUGUGCGUGGCAUGUUAGGGUCAUCAUACCUCAGGAAUAGCAAGUUGUUAACUAACCAUACUGAGUUAACCAUGUAAUCACUAUGAUCUCAUGUCUUAAAAGUUGUUCAAGUUUAAAUCCUAUGAGAAAAAUGAAAGCUCAUUGAUUUAUAGUGUUGCAUUUAAAACAUUUAGGAAUAUUUCAGCCUUACCAGGGUGUGUUGGCAUGUCUUUGCUAUACUCUGAGAACAGUUAAAAUUGUUCAGAGGUAAUUUCUCUUUCCUUACAAAUUGACUAUUACCCAUGAUCCUUUGGGGGGUGUAUCUUAUAGGAAGAGGGAGCAAUAUGUUGUUUAAAAUUCUUUUAAAAUGCCAGUUAACUUCCUUGGUAAAGGACAAUAGAGGAUCUUAGCUUAAUUGUCUGGUUUUCAUUUAAACAGUGUUAAUACAACAUAAAAAAACACUAAAUACUUUUGAGGUACAGUCUGCUCACCUUUUCUGGUUCUCAGAUAUUCAUAGAAAGUAGUGUCUAAAAUAGGCAUUUAGCAUUAAAAACUGACAUAGCAUUUUGUAACUACACAGUGUACAGAAUUUUUUUUAAUUGAAGUCAAUCACUAAGAAAAUUAGAGGGCAGGGUAUAUUCACACAAUUAAGCUGAAGAAAGCACUAAUUUUUUCUGUAGUUUUAAAUAUAUAUAUAUUUUAGUCAGAUUUAAAAAUUUUAAACUCUAUAGAGUGUAAAUAUAUUUUGUUAUUACUGUAUGUGUAAGUGACUGCUCAAGCACUUUGUAAGAAAAUUAGGAUAUUUUAGAAUGGUACACUAUGCAUUCAAAUGAAAUGUGCCUUUAUGUCAUUUUAAGAAAAAGUGUUUUGCAGUCAUAAAUUACCACAAAUGCACAAAUUAAAGUUUAAAUAGAUUGUAAUUUGUAACUUUGUUUUUAAGUAUUAUUUCCUUUUGGAAACUUCCUGUUGGUCAAAAUAUGUAUUAGCUUUACUAUAUUCAAGAUCUCAAAGACUAGUUAACUUCAGUUAGCCUUCUUGCAGGUACUUUUUGUCCUGGGGAAGGGCAAAAUCAUUGAGUCUAACCAAAUUGUCUACUUCACUGGUAAUAGUGGGGAAAUUUUGCAUUCUGUUCCUGUAAGUUUAGUAGCAUCUUUCAUUCAGUGGUUACUUAUGGGAUGCCUUCUCUGUACUAGGCACUGAAGAUAGAAAAGUAAAAAAAAGAAAGCACCAAAGAUUUCAUAAAUGAAGAAUGGUAUACAUUAAUGCUAAAAUGCAAACACCAGUAUUAUAUGUACUUUUCUCGUGUUUGAGAUUAACAUUUAAUUUUAGGACCUGACCUUUCAGAAAACAAGUAAAUGAAAACAGAAUACUAGCCAUUUUAUAGUUAUAUUAUUAAAAAAUUAUGAAUGGAAUAUUUCAGAAAUAUAAAAAGAUCCGUGCUACUCUGACACAAAUUAAGGUCAUAAUGUAAAUCACCAUUAUAUGUUGACUAGGUGAAAGCUGCAUUAUAGAUUCAAAUCUAACAAAAUUUUUACAGGUGCUGCUGAUCUUCCCAAAGCAACAGAGGGUGAGUAUGAAAAACCCAAAAGAAUAAAUCCCAAACCAUGGAUCAUAUUUCUAAUAUAGAGUUCUUGUUUACCUUGUAGCUAUCUUUUGAAAUCUAGUGUUUCUCUGAGAUAUAAGCUUUAUAUUUAUAUACAUAUAUAACUGUAUGUAUUUAUAAACAUGUAUAUAAAUAUA